AUGUGGCUGCCGCGUCUCAUGCGUGCAGCAAAUGAAGAACAAGAGCAUCGAGCUGCUAUUGGAUUAUCAGGUCAAGCUGCACAGAAUUUAUUUGGUACACUGGUCACUUGUGACUGUGGACAUUUAUCGUCAUGUAGACGAACAACACCUUUAGUUUGCGCUCGAACUGAUGUUCAGUUACUCAAACACCGAUUCACUCUUGUCAAAUGGUGUUGUAUUGCAUUUCUUCUGCUUAUCUUCACUCUCAUAGGUGUACUUGACCGGAAUUUUGCAUUAAUUGCAGUUUUUUCUGGGUUGUUGACAACGGCAUCAACUGAAUUGACGUCAGGCAGCUCGUAUCUGUUUUUGGCAAUCAUUGUCACUAGUUUAUUAUUGUUUGGUGGAUUAUGUUGCUUGCGUGCUCAUACAAUCUGCAGGUUUCGCGAUGUUUAUCACAGUUCACUGCAUUGUCGUCGUAGUCCUAUUCAGCCAUCGUCUCUGCGACUUCCUGUUUCAUUAUUUACACAUGCCAUUCAUUCACGAUCGCAUGUCAAUUCGUCACCGAGCGCUUUCCGAUUCCCUGACUCAUCUUUCUAUAAUGCCCUUUUGGAAGCAUGUACAGCACCACUGCCCACAUAUAAUGAAGCAGUCAAAGAACCUGUGUUUGCACCACCAGCCUACUCAACAGUUAUCACACAGCCUUCAAGAUCACAGGUCAUUUCACUGAAUGAGAGUAGUCCUCAUCACGUUCCUAGUUGCACCCCGUCUUUGACUGGAAAUGAAACGGUAAUUGAAAGUAGCAUCAGCAGUAACAAUCGUGAUCCUGAACAGGAAAUGUUAGUACAUUCGCAUUCACAUGCAGUCGAAACAGUCACAUCUGUAGAAGUUCAUCACAUAGACGAGGUAGAGGAUGAAAUUAUGUCAAAUACUGAUGAAAUUCCCGUGAAUUAA